GCGGAAGGAGUCAUAUGAUCGACAAAACCACCACAGCGAUCAAGCAAAACCUGUCGAGUCUACAUUCAAAUUCCGGGUGUUGGGAUGUUUUAUUGUCCUCUCAGGGAGUUGUCAUACGGAAGAUCACGUGACCCUGCGGUCGAAUGUCCUGUUCGAUCGCGUGAUUGGAGCUUGCAGUAAACGAACUCUACAGUCCUCCUCACUUGCUGCCGUUUCAGAUUAAACGAUGCUGUGGACGCCGCUGCUGUGCGCCGUGUGCUGCGCGUUGGUCAGUGGAGAGCGGUACAAGCCCGACUGGAAGAGUCUGGACGCCAGACCUCUGCCUGCAUGGUACGACGAGGUCAAGUUCGGGCUGUUCGUCCACUGGGGGGUGUUUUCAGUGCCGGCUUUCGGCAGUGAGUGGUUCUGGUGGUACUGGAAGGGUGCACUGGAUCCUUCAUACAUCCAGUUCAUGAUGAAGAAUUAUCCUCCGGGAUUCACAUACGCAGAGUUCGCACCGCAGUUUAACGCGCAGUUCUUCGAGCCAGACUACUGGGCGGAAGUGUUCGAGGCUUCCGGGGCCAAGUAUGUUGUUUUCACUACGAAACACCAUGAAGGUUUCACUAACUGGGGAUCGCCAACGUCAUGGAACUGGAACUCCGUUGAUAACGGGCCUCACAGGGACCUCGUCGGAGAGCUGGGGACUGCCAUUAGGAAGAGGUCUCUGCACUAUGGACUUUACCACUCAUUGUAUGAAUGGUUCAAUCCCCUGUAUCUAAAAGACAAGAAGUCAGGCUUUAAGACCCAGGAAUUUGUUUAUUCCAAAGUCUUGCCAGAGCUUUUUGACCUCGUCACAAAGUACAAGCCAGAGCUGAUCUGGUCAGACGGGGACUGGGAAGCCCCUGACACUUACUGGAACUCCACUGAAUUUUUAGCCUGGCUUUACAAUGAUAGUCCAGUGAAGGAUGUAAUUGUGGUGAAUGACAGAUGGGGGAACGGAACAUACUGUAAACAUGGCGGUUACUACAACUGUGCUGAUAAGUUCACUCCAUCCACAAUGCCCAAGCACAAAUGGGAGAAAUGUAAUUCAAUAGACACGUACUCCUGGGGUUAUCGUAGGAACAUCAGGCUCAGUGAUUUGAUGGAUUUGCCCACCAUUAUUAAGGAUCUCGUCUUCACCGUGACUUACGGAGGAAAUUACCUGCUGAAUAUCGGACCUACGUCCGAUGGCAUGAUUUCACCCUUGUUUGAGGAGCGUCUCCGAGGUGUUGGUGCCUGGUUGAAGGUUAAUGGUGAGGCCAUCUACUCCACCACACCAUGGAGAGUUCAGACCGAGAACGCCACUGUUCCAGUCUGGUACACUUCCAAAGGCACUGCUGUGUACGCCAUCUUUCACACCAGACCGAUGCAGUACUCAUUCGAGCUCUCCUCUCCUGUGACCUCCGACACCACCGUGGUGACUCUGUUGGGAAGCUCUGAGCCUUUAAAAUGGGCUCCUCUACAUUCUUCUGGACUGAUCAUGCUGCUGCCUGAGCUGCCGAGCAGUGCCGCUGAGGCCUGGGCCAUCAAACUGGACGGAGUGGCUUAACGGCCUGCUUCAUAGGGAAGUUUCUAGGUGAUUUUAUACAAGGGUGGAUCUUGCCUUAAUGUUUUGCCUUAACUUUUUUUUUUUGGUACUGAUCAUUAAGAAGUUUUCAAUGUUUGUAUCAGAUUUUAUACAUUCACGCUAUACAAAUCACUGAAUUACAAUCUGUGCCUAAUAAAUUAUAACUGUUAAUUUU